CCUAAAGGAGAUGCAGCUGUGGCUUAGGAUUCCAUUGGGAAAGCCAGAUGAUGACUCUAAAACCCUUCAAACUCAGGAUGAUUAUUGGAAAAUAUGGAAUUCGUUUCGACUGCUAUCUGAUCACAAUAGUAAAUUGUUGGUUACACUUGAUAAUUUGAAUACCAUGCCUUCAGACAACUCACUAAAUCAUUGGUAUGGGGAGCCUGUUGCUGCCUUUAUAAUACACACAGAUUCAUUUCUUACUAGAGAUGGGGAUAAUCCGAAGCAUCUCUCAGAGGGUAUACAAAAGUUAAUUACUUACUUCUUGAAUCAUUAUACCCAGAUCAUUAUAUCCGAAAAUCAACUUAAUUGCAGCAAAGAUGAAGAAUCUCAUUUAGAAACUAAUUCUGCUGAAGAUUCACGGAUACAUCGUCUACUACCUUAUAUUGAUCAAGUUAGAUCUAUAUACCAACAAAUGGACCCUCUCUCUGAGCAAGAACGUUCACAGGUUGCUUUCAGGGAUGUUUUACAUCCAAUCUUACAGCCUUUUAAGGAAAUUUCGCAGUCUAUGGUCUAUAGCGAGCAAGAGAAAGAUGAGAAGAAAUACAUGGAGUACAAAAGAGCAAUUUGUCAAGCUUUGUUGGAUAGGGUUCCAGAUGAAGAGGCAUCUGUGAUUACCACAGUAUUGGUUGUUGUUGGUGCAGGUCGUGGGGCUCUUGUGCGGACAUCACUACAGGCUGCUAAUGAAACUGGGAGGAAGCUGAAAGUUUACGCUAUGGACAGGAAUCUAAAUGCACUCGCUUCCCUUUAUAAACAGCGUGAAUCAAUGGGUUGGAAUGAUAUUGUUACCGUAAUCCAAACUGAUGCGGGACACUGGAAUGCCCCGGAGAAAGCUGACAUAUUGGUUGGUGAAUUACUAGGUUGUUUUGGUGACAACGAGCUGGCUUCUGAAAUCCUUGACGGAACCCAGAGGAUUCUAAAAAAAGAUGGAAUUUCAAUACCAUCUUCGUAUACAAGUUUCCUCCAGCCAGUGAAAUCUUCGAAGUUAUAUAGUGCAGUUAAGGCAAAAGAACAGAUUUUAACCUUUGAAACUGCUUUUGUAACAAAGAUGCACAAUGUUGCUCGCCUUGCACCAUGUCAACCUCUGUUUACCUUUACUCAUCCAAAACGCUCUAUCAAAGAAAGCAACCGGCGGUAUAGGAAAUUGCAAUUUGUGAUGCCUGAUGUCCCUGAGUCAACAAUGGUACAUGGAUUUGCUGGAUACUUUGAUGCAACUCUUUACAAGGAUGUGCAUCUUGGAACUGAACCCUCUAAAGCUACGCCAGACGUGUUCUCUUGGGAUGAAAUGUAUUUUCCAUUAAGGGAACCUAUUUGUGUGCAUCGUGGCUCUACCCUAGAAGUACAUUUCUGGCGCUGUUGUGAUUCUACAAAGGUUUGGUAUGAGUGGGGUGUUACAUCUCCUUCUACAUCUCUAGUUCACAACUGUAAUGCACGUGCAGACUGUGUAUGGCAUAAUUGAAUUUACCUCAAUAAUUUGCAGUCUGCAAACAGGUAGUCAUAGCAUCCUCAGUCCUCACAGCUGACAAUAAAUUGAUUUUUGGAACUAGUAUCGGUAUCAAUUCAAUUUGGGAAAUCAUGUAUCUGCUUUUCAGAACUAGCAUAGCAUCUGAGUUAGUUCUCUUAUUGUCAGUACAUUUUAUAAAAUCAUGCCGCGUUAUAAGAUUGUCGAGAUGAUCAUUCUAUGUACGCUGUGUAAAGUUGUAAAUAAAUAUGGAUUUUUCUAGGAAAGUUUGGUGAGUUUUCUUUUAGUUUGAUCUUUUACUCCUGAAUUUUUUAACUAUUUUAAGGUGAUCUGUGUCUGUGUGUGUUAC